AUGAGAUAUUCUACUCCUCACGAAGCUGAAGAAGUUGUAAUAGCAGUCCAUCCUGAUCAUGAGGGGAGAAAUCAACAAGACUCCACUGUCCACAAUUCAGCAGUCCACGAUUCAACUCUCCACAGUUCGACCGUACAUGAUUCAGCUCUCCAUGAUUCAGCUCUCCACGAUUCAGCUGUCCACGAUUUAGCUAUCCAUGAUUCAGCUGUCCACGAUUCGACUAUCCACGAUUCAGCUGUCUACGAUUCAACUGUCCACGAUUCAGCUGUCCAUGAUUCGAAUGUCCACGAUCCAGUUGUCCACGAUUUGGCUAUCCAUGAUUCAACUGUCCAAGAUUCACUUGUCCAUGAUCAAGAUGGCAUGCAAGAAGAAGUACAACGAUUAAGAAGAAGUACAAGGGUGACAAAACCACCCAAGUAG